AUGUCCUCCAACGUUGGCCUCUCCACCCCCCGCGGUUCGGGAACCUCCGGCUACGUCCAACGCAAUCUCUCGCACCUCAAACCCCGCGACACAUACGCCCCGUACCCCAACCCCUCUGACAGCCCCGCGCACCAGAAAAUCCGCAAACCAGACAAAGAUAUCCUGAACCACGACCGGCUGCGCGAGAUCGAAGUGCGUGUGUUCGAGCUACGCGAUAAACUGGAAGAUGAGGAGGUUGAGGAGAGCGAGAUUGAGGAGAGGACGGAGAGGCUGAGGGGGGUGUUAUUGGAGGAAGCUGAAGGAUGGAAAGGGGGAAAGAAAGGGGGAGAUGGUGACAAAAGUGGUGGGAAUAGGCAGUUUAAGCUGCAUCAGGUGCAUGAGGCUGCGGAGGCGAAGAUCAAGGAGACGGAGAGGGCGAGGAAGGCGUUUGGGAUACGGGAGGAUUAUGAGGAGGGGAGUCAUUGGAAGGGGAGGGAGGGGCGGUUGAGGGAUGCGUUGGGGGGCGUUCCGAAAGAGACAUCAUGA